GAACGGCGAUCAUUUUCAGAGAUGCUAGAAGGCCUCGCUCAAAAACGUGCCCAUCGACCAUCGAUGGUUCUCAUCACAAUCCAGCCUUCUGGUCUUUUUCAUAUUCCAAUUGAGUGGAGGGGGCCAAAUUCAGAAUGAGACGCAAAACUCGCCGAGGUAAUCUGCCAUUUAUCCAAGGCUUUGGUCCUCCACGUUGCACAUCCCAGGUCGGUGUCGGUUCGUCAUGCAAGAAGAAAAAUGCCCGGUUCAUGCAGGAACAUGCAGUCCUACUCCAUAGCAGCCCUAACCGUCUCUGGCUACGCCAUCCCAAGACCAAGACACUUGUCCAAAAACGGCCCGCGGGAUGCCACCUACCAACACAAUACACCGUUCAGUCAAUCGCAUCAUUUAACUCGGGGAUAGGUAAUUAUUCGUCGCAGACAGAACCUUCUUGCCAAGGUUCGGCGACGAGUAGGUCAUAUUCCACUAGACCCCAAUGCCUUAAGCAACAUGAAAGAUGAUCUUUCUAUCCGGCAGUUUCGCCUCCCUCAUUCAACUGCCUCCGUGGAGGUUCUCAACCAAAGAGACACCAAAAACAAAACGAAAAAAAAGGGAAAAAAGAAAUACCUAUAAGAAUACCAAUAAAGAUAUCGGAACUGUGAUGUCACGUCGC